CGUGAGAGAGAGCUGUUUCAUUUGUGGUGGGAGAGAGUGGAUGAUAUUCAUUGCUAUAGAGAAUAGGAUGGAAAUGGAAAACUCUACCAUGGUGUAUUCCGAUGUGACAACUGGGAUGGACUCUGUCUUGGACACAAGGCACCUGGACAUAAUAUCUCUGGUUGUCUACUGUGUGGCGUUUGUGCUUGGCCCCAUUGGCAACGGCUUGGUGAUCUACGUGACAAGCUGCAGGAUAAAGAAGACUGUCAACUCUGUUUGGUUCCUCAAUCUGGCCAUGGCUGACUUCCUCUUCACUUCCUUUCUGCUCCUCUAUAUCAUCAACAUCGCCCGUGGCUAUGAUUGGCCUUUCGGUGACAUCCUUUGCAAGUUAAACAGCAUGGUGAAUGUGCUCAACAUGUUCGCCAGCAUCUUCCUCCUUGCUGCCAUCAGUCUGGACCGCUGUGUGUCCACGUGGGUGGUUGUGUGGGCCCAUAACAAGUGCACACCAGGCAGGGCCGAGGUCAUCUGUGUGGGGAUCUGGCUAGCCUCAUUGGUCUGCAGCCUCCCGUUCACCAUCUUUCGGCAGAUCAUGCACUAUGGUAAUUGGACAAUGUGCAGUUAUUCAAUUUCCCAUGAUUCUUCCACCUACAGGAACUUGGUUGUGUUCCGCUUCCUGCUGGGCUUUCUCAUCCCGUUCCUGGUCAUCAUAGGCUCUUACAUUGCCAUAUGGAUACGCGCUAGGCGCCUUCAGAGAGGAACAACUCGCAGAUCCCUCCGGAUCAUCGUCUCCGUUGUCCUGGCCUUCUUCAUCUGCUGGAUGCCUUUCCACGUCUUACAGUUUCUGGACAUCAUGGCAAAUGGCAGCCCAGGCCUCAACCUGGUCGUGCAUAUCGGAAUUCCCCUGUCCACUAGCCUGGCCUACCUCAACAGCUGCCUGAACCCCAUCCUGUAUGUCUUCAUGUGUGACGAGUUCCAGAAGAAGCUGCGUCAGUCCGUGCUGCUUGUAUUCGAGAACGCUUUUGCAGAGGACCACGGGAUGAACUUUGUGUCAUCAACGCGCUCCCUGAGCUCCCAUCUCUCCCGGAUCUCCCGUAAGUCUGAGUCUCUGGCUCCAGGAGAAGGACAUUUACGCCUCACUGGUGACCAGUCUGAUGUUAAAGUGGAAACCGAGGUGUGAGAUGGGAGACGUCUGCAAAAGACAGGGCUAGUACAUCUGUAUUACAGUGUAAUUUGACUGUAUCUAUACUGUAGUUAUGAGACUUGAAAUGGUCAGUAGUUGUGGUCAUUGUGAUUUUCAUGGUGGCAUUAAUCAAAAUCAAUCAAAUGCCUUUUAUAAAGCCCUUUUUACAUCAGUUGUCACAAUGUGCUUUACAGACACCCAGCCUAAAACCUCAAAGUGCAAGCAAUGCAAAUGCAGUUACCGGAUUUAACUUCUAAUGUUGUAGUGAUGUUAUGUUGAAGUUAUGGGGACCUUAUUUUGAUGUUAUGGGAAAAUUAUGGGGAUGUUAUGUUGACAUUAUGGGGAAAUUAUGGGGACAUUAUCACACACAAACAGACAAUGGCACUCCUAAACCUCUAAUUUCAAAAUCUUACAAGACUGUUCGACCAGACGGAUCUAUUAACUGUAAGUAUUUUGGUAUCAAAAAUAAAAAAAACUCUUAAGGUCAUUUAUUAAUUUCUUUGUUUAUAUUUUGCUUGUAGCUAAUAUAAGAGUUGACUCCUAAAAGGACUAUUCGUAAGUGUUUUUCUUUGGUCAGCUAAAGGUUUUACUUCAGACGACAUUCCUUUGUGAUCCAAAACAAACAGAACAUUUAUUGCCUGUAUGUGAUAGAUAUCUUGGACCUAUUUCAUCCAUGUGGACUGUGUUUCUGACCUACAGAUGACAAAAUAACUGCUGUGGAGAAAUCCUUUGAAUUACAUUUCAGAAAUCAAUCAACUGUAAAAACAGCACACUGGCAGAUGUAUUAUAGCGAUAAAUAAAUUACAAUAGCUCAAUACUUUA